AUGGCCGACCUGAGCUCCGCAGAAGAGAACGUCGCCGUCUGGACUCCCCAGUCUGCUGCGCUUCUCGGCUCUUUGUCUCGCUUCUCGCGCCAAACGGUAGCCGCCCCGGUCCCAUCUCCACCCCCCAAACUCUACUCAACCUUCCCGCUGCCAGCCACUUCCUUCUCCUUCUCCUCUUGCCCCCUCCUCCUCCCCUGCAACCUUUCGUCCGCUCGUGGCCUUGGUUAUCCUCUAUCGAUCCCCAAAAUCACAAUCGCAUCGCCAAUUCCCACCGCUACGGUCCUCGCUCUCUCGACUCGGUUGAGCCAACCCAUCUUCCCCGCUGAACCCACGACCGUCGGGCUAAGCUGCCUGGUGUCCUCCACCAAAGCAGCACUUGCGCCUCAACCCGAUCGCAGUGUCAGUCAAAUUGAAUCGCCCACCACGCUCCCUUCCCCGCCCCCCUCUCUCUUACACCAAGUUCCAUCGCUGAUCCGAUUCUUUCCCAUGUACAAUACGCACCGCGGCAUGGUGCCUGCACCCAACUCCCGCCUGACGGAGUUGCUCGAUCAGCUGCGCCAGGAGUUUGAGAGUCAAUCCCGAAGCACCGGCGAAUAUGAACACCAGUUGACCGGACAACUCCAGGAGAUGGAGAUGAUCCGUCAAAAGGUGUACCAGCUGGAGCAAACCCAGAUCAAAAUGAAGGCAGACUACGAGGCUGAGAUCCGAAUGUUGCGACACGAGCUCGAGCAGCGCGGCGUUCAGCCUGUCGCUUCGCACAUUGCUGCCUCGCAACACAGCGGCCCCCAGGCGCAACCACCUUCAUUGGGCCAUGGUCCCAGCAAUCUGUUCGGUGGCAUCAUGACCAACCCAGCUGGUAGUGGUCCAGGCCUUGCCCCUCCCCCGUCCCAAGAACAGCAGCCACCCCAGCACACCCUCCAACAGCCUGCUUCGGCCACCCAGCCGGGAUAUGGACCCCCUCCCCCUCCUACCGCUUCGCCCGGCCCCGGAAAGGGUCGUCGCACGGUUCCCGGACCAGCCACCCCUCAGCAGACUCAAAUCGCGUAUCCCGACCCUCGUGCGUCGCCUCAGAUUCCCCGUCCCACCCCACCCACUCAAAAUCUUGUGCGCGCCGAUCGCCCCGGUAACAUGCUUGCCAAUUGGGACCCUGCGGAUCUUCCUGCCUCGCAAAAGCGGGAGGGCUCUGAUUGGUACGCUGUUUUCAACCCCGAGGUUCAGCGUGUGUUGGACGUGGAGCUGGUCCACCAUCUCAACCACGACAGUGUCGUGUGCUGUGUUCGCUUCAGCCGCGAUGGCAAAUACUUGGCGACCGGAUGCAACCGCUCAGCGCAGAUUUUCGAUGUGACUACCGGCCAAAACGUGGCAACCCUGCAAGAUGAGAAUGUCGACAAGGAUGGUGAUCUGUACAUUCGCAGCGUCUGCUUCAGCCCGGACGGAAAGUACCUGGCCACUGGUGCAGAGGACAAGCAAAUCAGGGUUUGGGACAUUGCUGCGCGCACCAUCAAGCACAUCUUCAGCGGUCACGAACAAGACAUUUACUCGCUCGACUUCGCCGGCAAUGGUCGUUACAUUGCUUCGGGCAGUGGUGACAAGACUGUCCGUCUUUGGGAUAUCUUGGAUGGCAAGCUUGUCUACACUCUGAGCAUCGAGGACGGUGUUACCACCGUGGCCAUGUCCCCCGAUGGACACUAUGUUGCAGCUGGUUCACUUGACAAGAGUGUACGUGUCUGGGACACUACCACCGGUUACCUGGUGGAGCGUCUGGAAAAUCCCGAUGGCCACAAGGACAGCGUUUACUCGGUUGCCUUUGCGCCCAACGGUCGCGACCUGGUCAGUGGCAGUCUUGACAAGACCAUCAAGCUGUGGGAGCUCACUGUUCCCCGGGGAAUGCACCCCCACAAUGGUAACAAGGGUGGCAAGUGCAUUCGCACUUUCGAGGGUCACAAGGACUUUGUGCUCAGUGUCUGCCUGACGCCCGAUGGGCAAUGGGUUAUGAGUGGUUCCAAGGAUCGCGGAGUCCAAUUCUGGGAUCCCGUGACCGGUAAUGCGCAGAUGAUGUUGCAGGGUCACAAGAACUCUGUUAUCUCGGUGGCUCCCGCUCCGACCGGCAACCUCUUUGCCACUGGCAGUGGAGAUAUGCGUGCACGUAUCUGGAGCCUCGGGAGACGAGAGCAUGUGCUUGGGACUCGAUCUUAG